CUAGCUACCGCGACGCUCCUGAAAGCUCAACGGGGCGGCACACCUGACAGGCAGCGCUGCCGACAGCAAAGGGUCAUGUCGCGGGCCGAGCGCCAGGCCGCCCGCUGGCAAACACUAGGCAGCAGUGCUCGAUCUACGCCGACAGCAUCACUGCAGAGCAUGCAGUUCGAAGCCGUGCUCGCGUCGGCCGGUAGCAAAGGCGACGCGCCGAGCCGCUUCGAGCUGCGCAGCAACCCCGCGACGGACGAGGUCGUGUUAUACGUGUUGCCGGACCCGGCUCUCCCGCAGAAGCCGCGGCACUACUCGCACGCGUCGCGCGGCGGCAAUCGGUGCGCGACGCGGGCCCGGCCCGCCGUCGACGCGCGGUGCCCGUUCUGCCCGGGCAACGAAAAGCUCUGCAACGCGGACCUGGCCACGGUGACGACGAACGGCGCGUGGACGGCGCGCGCGUUCGAGAACGCGUUUCCCAUCUUCCACGCGCUCGACGGCGCCGGCGCGGGCGACCGCCUGGGCGCGGGCGACCGCCUGGCGGCGCGCGGAGCGAUGGAGGUGCUCGUGGCGGCGCGCGGCCACAACGAGGGCCUCGCCGACCUCUCGCCCGCCGCCGCGGGCGAGCUCGUCACGCUCGCGCGCGACCGCUUCAACGCGCUGGCCGCGCGGCGCGGCGUCCGGUCCGUGCGCGUCUUCCAGAACCACGGCGCGCGGGCCGGCGCGUCGAUCUCGCACGCGCACUGGCAGUGCGUGGCCCUGGGCUUCGUGCCGCCGAACGCGCUCCGUCGCGCGGCGGCGCAGGCCCGCGGUGACGCCUGCCCCGUGCGCGCGCUGAUGGACGCGCCGGAGACGCUGGUCUGGGAGGACGCGAACGCCAGGGCCUUCGCGGUCGUCGCGCCGCGCAGGGGCACGGUCUGGGUGGCGCCCCGGCGGCGGCGAGCGCGGAUCGGAGAGCUGACGGACGACGAGUGCCGGAGUAUAGGAGAAGGCCUGCGGACCGUCGCGCGGGCCAUGUGUCAAGCUUGGGACGACCCCGACUUCAACCUCGUCGCGCACUCCGCCUCUCUACAAUCCACCGAGCGCUUCCACGCGUAUUUCGAAAUUGUGCCGCACCGCCGCGAGGACGCGUCGCUCGGCUCACUCCAGUACGACGUACCAAUCUCCCACCUGCCGCCGGAGCAGUGCGCCGCAGAG